CAGCAGGUCAGCGGUUCAAAUCUCACCGGCUCAAGGUUGACUCAGCCUUCCAUCCUUCCGAGACAGAUUACAAUGAAGCAAUUAUUCAUAGAAUAAGAUGGAUUCUUCUGCUUGAUGGUUUCCUAGUUCUCCUCAAGAAUAUCACAAGAGUAUUAAUACACGUUCUUUGCUACUGAGAAUUUUUUAUACAGAUAUCCAGAAGAGGUUAGUUAACUGAAAUAUGGCGGCUUUGCAAAACUUCACUCAUUCUCUGGAAGAGGCUUUCAAGAAGAUUUUCAUUGACUAUAUGAACAACUGGCGUAGAAAUACCACUAUGGAACAAGAUGCCUUGCAAGAAAAAGUUGAUGCUGAAAAUUUAGAUUAUGUAAUUUUGUAUCUUAUGGUAAUGAUUGGCAUCUUCUCUUUUAUUAUUGUGGCAAUCUUAAUAAGCACAGUGAAAUCAAAGAGACAAGAGCAUUCCAAUGACCCUUAUCAUCAGUACAUUGUGGAUGAUUGGAGCGAAAAGCUAAAAAACCAGAUUCUUUUCCAAGAUGAUCUUAAAUCCAUUGUUCAUGAAAAUUGUGGAGCCAAGGGCAAAGGUAGUCCAUAAUCACUAAAAAAAAAAAAAAAAACCUGAAUGAAGAAGUACUGAAGAAUUGAGAUGAGGGGUUAGUCCCCAAUUUAGUGGCUUCAAUAUACAGUGUGCCAGAACUUAUAUUCUAUACAUAACUAUAGGAUAUCAGAUUAAGUUAAAUAUUAAAGAUUUAAUAUCUAUAGGCAGAGCACUAACAACUAUGCAUACGCUCUAAUCAAAGCAAAGCUUUCUAGACAUCUUCAUCAGUUCAAGAAUUUACAAAGUGGGUUAAAUCAGGGAAGCUAGUUUACAUUCUGAAAUUCCAGAAUUUUUACAGGAUUGAGGGAUUAAAUUAAGAUCCUUGAAGGAAAUUAUAACAAAUUAUAAAAAUACAUUGACUGCUUUGUUGAAGAAAAUGGAUAAUUCCACCCGAACAUCAUGGUAUUCUUUUUAGAGAGAUUUUCAGCCUUCACCACCACCACCACCACGCUGUUUUGGUAUGUGUCCUUCAACUACCCAGCCAAUGGAAGAAGACAGAGGACCAAAACUCUAUUACCUCCAACACUGUCCUGCUUCAUGAAGCUAUAACUGGAUCCUUCCUGCUCAGUAAAACCCCUGGAAUCUGCCACCUAGGAAGAGAAAAGAAAGCUGCAAUAAUUAUCUCUGGGUCUGUAGACUAAAAGGUUGGCAGUUUGAGACCCAAGCAGCGCAUGAUGGGGUAUGUUUCUGUUCUUGCCCCCCAUUUCCUGACAACCUAGCAGUUCAAAAGCUUACCAAUGCAAUAGUGGAACGAUAACAGCAUUCCAUGUACCUCUGCUUAUAAUCAUGCUGGUCACAUGACUACAGAAAUAUCUUUGGAGAAUGCUGACUCCCUUGCUAGGGAAUGAAGGUGGGCAUCACCUCUUAGAGUCAGAAUCAACUGGGGAAAAAGGGGAAACCUUUAUCUUUACUGUUUUUAUGAAAUGGGUAUCAGCUGCUUCUUUUGUGAAUCAGAUGAAUAACAUGGGAAGAUGAAUCAAUAGAUUCCAUAUUUACUAAGGAACUUAUUAAUAGAAUAACUGAAAGUUCUUUUUUUAUAUGUAACCUAAAAUCACAGUUCUUUUAUGACUGUAUGGACAUUCUAUCAUUUAGAAUCCAUUAACACUGUGAGUUGUAGUUGUUACAUGAUUCUUAUCUGAUACUUCAAUUGUAUAAAGAUUAUCAUUAUA